GCAUCCAGCGCAUCAACCGCCCCCCCCCCCCGACCCCUCACACACCACACGGAGCCCGGGACCAUGGACGACGUUCCCCCGAUCAUCCACCUCUCCAUCGCCCUGCGGAUCCAGCCCAACGACGGGCCCGUGUUCUUCAAGGUGGACGGGACGCGGUUCGGACAGAACCGCACCAUCAAGCUGCUCACCGGCUCCAAGUACAAGAUCGACGUCGUGGCGAAGCCCGGAAGCGUCGAGGCCACCAACAUGAACAUCGGAGGCAUCGUCUUCCCUCUGGAGCAGCAGUCCAGGGACGAGGACUCGGUGGUUUAUCAGGGCCAGUACGACACCGAGGGCGUCCCGCACACCAAGAGUGGAGACCGGCAGCCGGUCCAGGUCAGCGUGGAGUUCAACAAGGCGGGGACGUUCGAGACGGUCUGGCAGGCCAAGUACUACAACUACUACAAGAGGGAGCACUGCCAGUUCGGCAACAAGUUCAGCAACAUCGAGUACGAGUGCAAACCCAACGAGACGCGGACCCUCAUGUGGAUCAACAAGGAGGCGUUCAACUGAGGACGAGCUGCUGCUGGAGGCGUGUCCAGUCCGACGUGUGCCACUGUUUCUAUUGUUUUAUGAAAAAUACUGUAAAAAGUAGCCAUUUGCUUCUGGUCUUCAAAAGGUUUUUGCUUUAGAGCUGCACUCGGCAACAUUCCUCCUCAGCAGCUUCACAUACCAGCAAAACAGGAACAGUUUGGAAACUGCUCGAAAAGUUAACUUUUCUCUCAAGGCAAUAAUCAGGUACAGGACUCUGGUCCGGUCACAUCUCAGCAUCUGGAGUUUAGUUUAGGCGUAUUUUUAUUUUGCUGUUAUGAGAAGAACCAAGAGAAGCUCCACAUGGAAAGUUGCAGAGUCUGGCUUUAAAGCAAUGGAGGACAUUUUGUCAAAUUAAAAUCUUAAUUUAAUCUUCAUCUCACGUCUGUGUCCAGAACAGAAACAGGUCAGGAAGUGCUGAGCUAAACUUGGCUCGAUGACUGGAGUCAGGGGAAACAGUAACUGUAACCAGGAAGCUAACAACCACGUUGUCAUGAAACCAUCAUCAUAAUAAUCAACUAUCUGCGUCCAUUCAGAGUCGCGCCAAACCUUUUUCCUCCCGACCCGGAGCUCGGAGCUCGGACAGUUGGGCUGGUGAACUCCCUCCGACCUUCAGAGUCGACAUUCCGACUCGGAGGUCGGUAAUUCUGAGUUCUGAGAUAAUGAUGGAACGAUAAUCCAGAGUUCCGACUUCCAAGGUACAAGGGUUAGGGAGCGCGGCAUUAGAUGGAGUCGCAGAAUAUUUGGGGUCACGACUCUGUUUUAAAACCCGUAGGUAGAUUUGUUCAGCAGCUCAGCGAGCAGACGUCCAUCUUGAACAUUUAAGACAGAACUGACAAUCUUCACAGAGACGGGACAGAAAGUGGCUUCACUAAAGCACAACUUCUGGAAUAACCUGUUCAGUCGCCAAACAUCUGUUAAAAAUAUAUAUAUAUAUGAUCAAAAAGUCAGAGAUUUAUGUUUGUUCAGAACAUGCUACAUCUGAACAUCAAUUUAGAUGUAGCAUGUUGGAGCUAAAGGCUAAUAGUUUCCCCUGCUUCCAGUGUUCGUGCUAAGCUAGGCUAACCACUGUUAGACCUGUCGCUUCAUUCUCAUUUCACUCUGCACAAGAAAAUAAGUCUCAUGAACAAAACCCGUCCGUACCUAAAUUGAACAGGGCACAAGGAGGGAGGGGGCACAGCAGCUAGCAGCUAGCAGCUAGCAUGGUGUCGGCUGGAGAGCAGGAUGUGGACAGAAGACACUUUGACCUCAUUAUUAUCUGUGUCAGUGUAUGAGAGUGUGUACGUCGUGGUGAUGGCUUUGACUUUUCUUUUUUAAAAGGAGAAAUCCCCGAGGUCAUUCCUCCAUUCAACAGCGUCUCACUGUAGUUCCUCAUCAGACGGAGGUGUCUUCAUGUGCUGAUGAUCAGAAGCACUCGUAUACAAAUAAAUGUUGCAGAUUCUUUGA